UUCCCUGUAACGCCAGUCCGUUUUCUGAUUGUGAGGUCAGAAUGAUCUGGGUCCAGCUGUUUUACCUCUAGUUUCUCGAGCAAAGUUCUUCUCUCAUAAUGAGUUUGGGUCGGGUUUUCUUGGAAGCUGCCGGUUGUUAUCUCCUCAGUCAUGCUCCACUAUCACUGACAUAAAAUCAUGGAUGCAACAGAACUUUCUCAAACUCAACUGCAAAAAAUCUGAAAUACAUCAUCAUCAGCCCUACCUCCCUCAUCCGCUCCCUCAUUACAUCAGCCCUCUCUCUCAACAUUGAUGGCCAGAUCAUCAGCCCCUCCACCCUGCUCCGCAAACCCCUGUAUCAUCCUUGACCCCACCAUUUAUUUCCUACUCCAUACCAACCACAUCACCAAGACUGUCUUCUUCCACCUCAGGAACAUUGUAAGGCUCUGGCCCUCCCUCUCCUCUGCCACCACAGAAAUUCUCAUUCAUGCCCUCAUAAUCUCCAGACUCUACUCUAAAUCUACUACUAAGACAACAUCCACUAAGCCUCUACCAACAAAUUCCUCAACAAACUCCAAUAUGUUCAGAACUCUGCCACUCUACUGCUCACCUCCUGUUUUACCUCCACUGGCUCCCGGUCAAAUACAGGAUAUAUUCAUAAUAUUACUCACCACCUACAAAGCCCUAAACAUCCUGGGCCCUACCUCCCUUUCAGACCUCCUCCCCCUCCAUGCCUCAGCCCAUUGCCUCAGUUCCACCAAUGCUAACACCCUGAUGACCAUCAGGACCAAGCGUUGUGUUGGACCUGGGGCGACCUGGAGGCGACAGGGCCUCCUCAGCUGCUGCACCUCCCCAUCCAAAUCCACCAGGUUCCCCCCUAUCAUCAUUCAAACAAGGCCCUCAAAACCCACCACUUCAACUGCAAACUCAUUCUGCACAGUUUUCUCCCGUUCUUUUUUCUGUUCUGUUUGUUGUUCUUAUAGUUGUCUGUCUGCUCGUUUCUCUUUCAUUUUCGCCUGGUUUUGGUUCUUGUCAACCUCUCAACCUGAACUAACACAGGAUUUAAUUAUGUGGUAAGUGUCACAGCGCUGUCAGUCCUACCCUGUCAUUUCCACCUCUCACUCCACCUAAUCAGUUCAUUCUGUACACCUGCUAGUCACAUUCACUCGUCAGCCCAAUCACACUCACCUGUCUUUUUUCAGGAUGAGGCCUGCUUUCCUGAUGUUGCUAAUGGUCAUUACUAUUAUUGCGGUCAAGAGUAUAGCUGGAGGGAAAAACAAGAAAGAGAAAAACCAGCCCUCCCAGUCGGGGUCAGAAUGCACCGACUGGCGCUAUGGCAACUGUGUCCCUAGCAACGGGGACUGUGGAGCAGGGUUUAGAGAAGGAUCAUGUGAGCAGCAGAACAAGAGGAUGAAAUGUAGAGUACCUUGCAACUGGAAAAAGGAAAUUGGAGCUGACUGCAAGUAUCGCUUUGGUAGUUGGGAAGAGUGUGAUCCUAGCUCUGGCUCACAAACCAGAAUGGGGACAUUGAAGAAACUGUUAAAUGCGGAAUGUCAACAGGCUAUUUCUGCCUCCAAACCCUGCACUGAAAGCAAAGGAAAGAAGAAAAAAGGCGAGGGCAACUAGGAGUCUUUUUGUGGAAAAGAGUCAGAG